AUGGCUGGAAAUAGUGCUUUUGAUAAACUUGCUGGAGUGCAAAGUGCUUCGCAGCUGGAGCGGAUCAUCGAGGACGACGAAACGUUGGUGACGUUCCUGAUGGAAGCAGGAAUUUUGCCGGCGAGCCGAAACUGCCCCACUCCUGACUGCGGCCGCCCGAUGACUCUGAACCGUGCGGUAAGACGGUCAGAUAAGUAUCGGUGGGUGUGUCGUGGGGGAGCAUGUGCUGGGCGGGAGGUCAGCGUACGCGACAAGACCAUCUUCAGCGACUCAAAAAUGCCGAUGCGACAGAUCAUCCAUCUCAUUUUUGAAUGGUCGCGGGAUGGUGACAGGGAUACGGUCGCGGCCGAUGUUGGGUGCCAUCUGAACACUGUGUACAGUUGGUUCAAGAUUCUGCGCGAAGCAGCAGCGCUGCAUGUGCGCAAUAGUCACCAAAUACUUGGCGGCACGGGCGAGACCAUCGAGGUGGAUGAGUCUGUGCUAGUCAAGCGUAAGGCAAAUCGUGGCAGAAUGCCUGCCAACGCCCAGAAAUGGGUUGUUGGAGGAAUUUGCCGCAGGACGAGGCGAUGUUUCUUCGAGCUAGUCGAGGACCGUUCGAUGGGGACCAUCGAAUCGGUGAUUGGACGCCACGUGGCGAGCGGAACCACCAUCAUGACCGAUGGUUGGCGAAGCUACAAUAACCUCGACGAAAGAGGCUUUGGGCAUAUGGUGGUAAACCAUUCCCUAUAUUUCGUAUGCCCGCUCGAUAGGAACGUGCACACCCAAAACAUCGAGAAUCGUUGGCGCUGGCUAAAGCGCUUCCUAAGUGACAAGGGUUCCCACAAGGGGAACAUUGAAACUUACAUGGAAGAGUAUCUCUUCCGGAACCGCUGCGCCUGCGCCAACGUGUCCGUUUUCGCAGCUAUCCUGCAGAUAGUUGUGAAUAUGAACCGCGAUGGUCUGGGUUAG